AGGAGGGGCUGGCCUUUGCCACAGUGGGUGGACCCAGCCGCUGGUGACCUUUCUCCUACAUGCAGCCAGCCACCUGCUUCCCUCCCCUGCCCAGCCCACUGGUGGAGCAGCAAAUAAAGUCCCUCUCUGAUCUGGUUUCACCCAGAGGGAAGCACAGCUCGGGCUGGAGCAGAGAGCCAGGGCUGUCAAUGCUGGGCAGGGCUCAGUGCAGCUCCGGAGGGCCGUCGGGGGCAUCGAUGCCAGCCCUGCGGGAAGAAAGGGGCCCUCUCGCCUCCUGUCAGGGCUGCCGCUGCAAGGCUCCUGCUUGGGUGGGGAGGCCUCGGGUCCCGUCUCUCCGCCUGGGCUGGUGGCAGCCGCCCCAUGGAGCCUUCCCCCCGCCCCCCGGCAGCAGCCUCCCUCUCCCCGCCGGUGGAUUUUGUCCUGGGUGCCGCGGCGUGCUGCAUGGCCUGCGUGUUCACCAACCCGCUGGAGGUGGUGAAGACGCGCCUGCAGCUGCAGGGGGAGCUCCGUUCCCGGGGCUCGUACCCUCGCCACUACCGAGGGGUGCUGCAGGCCAUGGUGGCCGUCAGCCAGGCCGAUGGACUCCGGGGUCUGCAGAAAGGACUGGCAGCCGGACUGCUGUACCAGGGGAUGAUGAACGGCGUGCGGUUUGGCUCCUACUCCCACGCUGAAGAUAUCGGCCUGACCCAGCAUCCGGGAGGGACCUUGGCAGCCGGAGCCGUGGCCGGAGCACUGGGGGCCUUUGUCGGCAGCCCGGCCUACUUGGUCAAGACGCAUCUGCAAGCACAGUCGGCAGCUGCCGUCGCUGUGGGACACCAGCACAACCACAAGAGCAUCUCCGGGGCCUUUGAGGCCAUCUAUAAGCGGCAGGGGCUGCUGGGGCUGUGGCGCGGCGUGAGCGGAGCAGUGCCUCGCGUCACGGUGGGCUCCUCGGUGCAGCUGGCCACCUUUGCCUCUGCCAGGGAGUGGGUGGCAAGGCAGCAGUGGUUCAAGGAAGGCAGCUGGAUGGUGGCCCUUGCUGGGGGCAUGAUCAGCAGCGUGGCCGUGGCCGUGGCCAUGACUCCCUUUGAUGUGGUGAGCACACGGCUCUACAACCAGCCGGUGGAUGAAGCAGGAAGGGGCAAGCAUUACCGGGGCUUCUUCGACUGCGUCGUGCGGGUCUCGGGGAAGGAAGGCGUCCUGGCCGUGUAUAAGGGCUUCGGCCCCGUUUACCUCCGCCUGGGACCACACACCGUUCUCAGCCUUCUCUUCUGGGAUGAGCUGAGGAGGAUCACUAUUGGCAGCAGGCCACCUGAUGACCCCCAGGCUGCUCAGGAGCCUCCAGCCCCAGAAAGAGCAGGACUGUGGGGGGAGGACAGGAGAGCAAAGAGCUCUUUCUCCAGCUGGAGCGCCAGGAGGUCCGUCUGUCCAGAUACGGAGCAGUGAUGGCGGCUGGAGAAUGAAGGACCUGCCGCAGAGCCAGUUAUAACCUUCAAGCAAAGUUGAAGCUUCAACCACCGCCCUUUUUGGGGGGAAGGGCGGGGGUCAGUGCGAAAUUCACCACCUGAGACUGUUCCAAGCAGACUGGAUUUUACUCCUCCCCCCCCCCCAGGAGUCGUCUCUCCCCCCCACACACAAAUUUGACUUACACUCCAGGACAGAGGUGGGAUUCGCUUACCUUCCUUACCGGUUCGCAAAUGUGAGCACACGCGCCUUCUCUGCGCAAGUGCAGUAGUCGCACAUUACGUCCGGGCGGGUGGGCAGAGCCUCCCGUAGUCGCCGCUACCAGUUCGCACGAUCCGGAGAGAACCGGCUGAAUCCCACCACUGCUCCAAGGCCAGAAUCAGAAAGGCAGGUGCCACAGGGAAGGAGUGGCAGAGCAUCUCUCCCUCUUCCAAGAAUCCACAGCAGCUGCACUCUAAUUUUUCUCACAGAAGAGGGAGAGCAGGUAAAGCAGGAAAGGAAGAGGAGGAAAA